AUGAAAAUCAUUGAUCAAGAUCAAACUUCUUCACUUAAGAAAUAAAAAAAAAAUGUCAAAAUGAAAACUUUAUCAACAAAAGAUAUCACAUUUUGUUUAAACCAUUCGAAUAUGCGAAAUCCACUUCAAACAAACAUAACGACAUUUUAAUACAACCAAAAUAUCAUUUCCAGCACUGAAUGUAACUAAUCUUUCGAUCAAGAAACACGAUAAUGGUGGCGAUAUCAAUGACGUGUUCUCUUCCCACCUUAACUUCUUCAAAGCUUCCCCGAAUCAAUCGAUAUCCAGGUAUGGCAUUUGCAACUGUGAAUAAGGAGGGUGUUAAAGUUACUGAAGGGUUGGGGAAUUUGCCCAAAGUUGUGUUGACUUCUUCUCAUGGAAGUGAGGCUGAGCUUUAUUUAUAUGGAGGCUGUGUCACAUCUUGGAAAGUUGGAAGCAAGGAUCUCCUUUUCGUUAGGCCCGAUGCUGUUUUCAACGGGCAGAAGCCCAUAAGUGGAGGGAUCCCACAUUGUUUCCCACAAUUUGGACCCGGCCCGAUGCAACAGCACGGAUUUGCAAGGAAUUCCAACUGGUCGAUUGUAGAUUCCGAAAAUGUUGACGGGUCUCCGGUCAUCACUUUAGAGCUUAAGGAAAGCCCGUACAGUCGUGCUAUGUGGGAUUACAGUUUUCAUGCAUUAUACAAGAUCACUCUACACGAGAAAAGCCUUUCCACUGAAUUGAAGAUCACGAACACCGACAAUAAACCAUUUUCGUUCACCACCGCUCUGCAUACCUAUUUCAGUGCUUCUGUAUCGGGUGCAUCGGUUAAAGGUCUAAAAGGCUGCAAGACGCUCAACAAAGAUCCCGACCCUAAGAACCCGGUGGAGGGUAAGGAGGAAAGAGACGUGGUGACUUAUCCUGGAUUUGUUGACUGUGUUUAUCUUGGUGCUUCUAACGAGUUAUACCUGGAUAACGGUCUUGGUGAUGUCAUAUCCAUCAAGAAUACGAAUUGGCCAGAUGCUGUUCUAUGGAACCCACAUUUGACAAUGGAAGCAUGCUACAAAGAUUUUGUUUGUGUUGAAAACGCUCAGAUUGGAAGUGUUGAUCUAGAGCCGGAAAAAUCAUGGGUGGCUACUCAACAACUUAGUGUUGGCUGAAGAUCAGAUGUUAUACUGACAUGUAAACCGGCACUACUAUCUGACCUAAGUAUGUUAUUUGUGGUAUCUUGAAAGAGAGAUUUGUGACUACUGGACGAUGAAAACACGCUUGUGUAUCGGAAUAACAGAAAUAAAUAUUUAUUUAAUUCUUGUAUAAAAGGCAUCCUUAGCAAAUGUACUACUUACAUUUUGUGAAGAACAUGCUAUUAUACUAUA